UUUUUUAUUCCUUUGCACCUGCACUUGCGUGCACCUUCCAAUACAUAUGUCUCCUUUCUCAAGUUUCCUUUUAUUCCCUCCUCUCAUUCUCUCCCUUUUUCUUUCUUUCUCUUCGACCCAAGGAAGCUCUGAUUCUUCAAAAUAUAUGUAUCUAAUUGACAAAGGGGUGCAGGAGAUUAUCCUGCUGCCUUUUCUACACCAUUGAUCUUGCUCUUGUUUGAGUUAUUUUGGCUUCUCUUUGUUUCAAACUCAGGAGAAAAAAGCUGUGGAAGUUUGGAGAACAAGAAGUAGAAGAUAAUUGGAAGGAUGGGCACAAGGGCUCGUCAGUGUCUCAUAUUCUUCCUCUUGGGAAUGUUCCUUUGUGCAGGUUCAAGUGUUACAGAGACAACUUUGGUUGGAGAAACCAGGCACACACAAGAAUUGGACCAUGAAGAAUUACCAUUAAGGGAUGUCAUCACACCAUUAACAACCGUUCCAAUUGUCAAUCCGACACCCAUUACUACUCCUCCUUCACCAACAAUUCCGGUGGUAAAUCCAGACACCCCACCGGCAGCGCCGACAAUUCCAAGCCCAAGUACUGAUACUCCAACCAUUGGAACCCCAAGUACUGGUACUCCACCCAUAGGAACCCCAAGUCCUGAAACUCCAACCAUAGGAACCCCAAGUACUACUACUCCAACCAUAGGAACCCCAAGUACUACUACUCCAACAAUAGGAACCCCAAGUACUACUACUCCAACAACAGGAACCCCAAGUACUACUACUCCAACCACAGGAACCCCUGCAUCAACAAGUGGGAGCUGGUGUGUUGCAAGCCAAAGUGCUUCACAAACUGCCUUGCAGGUGGCUCUUGACUAUGCCUGUGGGUUCGGCGGUGCAGAUUGCUCUGCAAUUCAAUCAGGGGGAUCUUGUUUCAACCCAGACACACUUCACGAUCACGCAUCUUAUGCAUUCAAUAACUAUUAUCAGAAGAACCCAAUUCCCACCAGCUGCAACUUUGGAGGAACUGCUGUUAUAACCAACACAGACCCAAGUAGUGGAUCAUGUACUUAUCCAGCAACCAGCACAAGUUCAUCAGUUUUGAACACUACAAACCCAACUGGAUCAACAGUUUAUGGUGCAGAACCUACUGGAUCCACCAACUCGGCGGCUUUCGUGUCAUGUAGUUCAUUGGUCUUCACCAUGGAAUGCCUCCUAUUCUCUGUUCUUGCAGUGAGAUGGAUGUGACAGAAACUUCAAACCACAACAUGGAAAUUCACUCAAAUCUCCCAUGAAGCUACUUUGUUCUGUGAUCAUACAUAGUAAAGGGGAGGCGUUGCAGAUUGGAUUAAGGACUUAUAUGCCAAGACCUGCCCUUAAAAUCAGGAUACUUCGAGUCUUCGACAAAGAUUUCUACCUCAUGAACUAAAGAAAUAUACAAGAGCAAUGUAUAUAUAAAAUGAUGGGUUCUUCCACUGCUAGAAACCAUGAUAGCUAGCUCCUUUCUUUGUAGUGUUAAAACAAUAAAUCCUCAGAAAAGUCCAUCUUAUUUUGGACAGCUUUUGUUGUGCCUAGGCCAAUUUAAAGGAUUAGCUACAGUAUCAAAAGAAAUUAAAGUGGUGUUAUCAAAGUUA